AUGUCCGUCAAUGAGGCCGAGCCCAAGCCUAGAAAGUUCAAUCUCGAAUUCCUCCUACGGCAUGUCGACGAUGAACCCAGCAUUGCCGACGGUCGCUUUCUUUCGGAAGUCGUAUCCAAUAUCAUCGAAAUGGCUCUGGGUUUUGCCGUGGUGGGUGAGAUUGAGGGGGCUACGAGGCUCCUAGAGACGCUGCGCGACCGCGGCAUAGAUCCUUUCCAGCGAUCGGACCGAGAUUACCCCUUUCUCAAGCCUUGCAUGUACUUCGCGUGGGAUGCCACCUCGUCAUGGCCCGCAUGGGUACCCGAUGAAGAGCGCAGUGAAGACAAUUUACAGGAGUUAGAAACACAGGGCCGUGGUCCGUGGUUGGAGCGUUUCAGUGAAGAUUGGGUCCUAGAAGAGGCAGCCGCUAUGAAAGCAAUGGAAAUGGCCUAUAAUGGCGUCACUACUACUUUGCCCAACUUCGACGGUACGCUUGCCGGACAGGUCAGCCAGGCUGAGAAUAUGUGGAGGAAUGGCGAAUUCUCCUACGCUGCAAAUCCCAACGGCCCAAUGAAUUUCCGAUACGCCAAAUGGGCCAUGUGGUGGCGCCAAGGCAUCUAUCCCUACCCCUACGUACAGAUAUAUCGUACUGCUGGACUUAUUAUUGCUCUUGACGUGUACCUGCGUUUGGAUCAGCACGAUAAAGCGCGAGAUGUGCUUGAGAAAGUCUGUGGGCGGUUUCACAUGGAAGAACAAGUCGAGCAACUGGCCUGCUCACGAGCCGCUUGGAAAUCGUACUUAACAGCGCCGGAUCGACCACUACUGGAUCUACUCCAAACCCCCGCAGCAAAACUCAGGACGGCAGUGACUCGAGCAGUGCUUAUGACCGAACAACGACUAGACACGUUACCAACGCGUCGAUACAGGAACUACGAUAUUGGCAGUCUCGCUCGAACUGUGAGCACAAACACGUUCCGGAACUGUCCCUACGACGUUUUAGCAGCGUUUCGUCCGCCAGACAACCCACGCAUUGGUCCAGGAUCGGAACAUGGCCUGCUACGUCCAGGCUGCUCGCCAUCAGAGAUCAAGGCCUUGGAAGAGCGACUGGGCGUAGAACUCCCUACCGACUAUAAAGAGUUCCUGAGCGUCACAGAUGGACUGGGAUCAAUGUGGGACGGGCAGAAUGUGGUUGACUACUUAGCUCGUGCCCAAGACGUGUGUUGGCAAGACAUCGAAUUUUUGGAAGGAAACGCUCUUUCUCUAUUGCGCGACGACGAUCCAAGUCCAUACCCUCCUGAUAGGCUCGAUUGGCCUGAGCUACCCAAGAAAUUCAGAUGCAUCUGCCUACAUGGCGAAGAGAGCAAGCAAGACACCAACGGUUCUCUCUUCCUUCUACACCGUGAGAUCAUUCAGCCGAGCAAAGACUACUUGUUUGAGACAUAUGAAAAGCGGAGCCAAUCUCAACGAGAUCAACUCGACCGGGUUGUCCAGGAAAUGUAUGGCAGUCUUGACGUUCUACUGAAUUUGGAAUAUGCCUUGGUCAGCUGGACACCAUGGGACUUCACCUUUCACCCCUACAACGGUAUCCAUGAUCUGCUCGAGCGAAUGGCAGAGGCCUCCUUACACAAAAAGCGACCCUGGUCAAAGAUUUUCGAACCCACGUUUCGUCGAAUGGCCUAG